AUGUUUCGCUCAAUCGUCAUCCGUUUCCUUCUCAGCUCAGAAGAGCGACACGGAAUGAGACACAGACGAGCAGUCCGAGAAAGAUAUGAAGCCCGUAACAAACGUAGUAUUGCAACACCGAAUUCUCUCUUGCUCUUCGCUUCACCUGCCAAACACCUUCUUCUCGAGCAACCUGAACGGCACGUACAGCACGGCACUCGCCACCAAUCCAGUCUCGAAGCCCAGAUCGCCGCUCCUCUUGGCCACGGGUCCCGUAAACCAGACCUGGCUGAUGCACGGCACGACGAUCGCCAAACUGACACAGCACGCACCGACCGCCGCCAACCCCGGUGGCAACUUGUUCCACUGGUUCCAGUGUUUCGCGUUGUACGUCGUGACAUCGGCUCUUCGGAUCACGACAUGAUCUGCCAACACGACGCCGAUGUACAGACUCGCCCAGUAGCCCAGCACGCUCGUGAAGUCCGUCAACGUUUCGUAGAACUUGCUGUGGCCUACGAUCGCAAGCGGCAGGAAGAUGGCGGUGGCAAAAAGAGGCCAAACGAAUCGAGGGAUGGGACCGAGGAACGGAAGCAUGGUCUGGAAGUUCAACCCGAUGCUGUAGAUCGUAGCCGAGAUGUUGCCGCACACGGACAGCGCGAGGAUCACGACCAAGAACCGACCAAAGUUGCCCAGAGAUCCGGCGAGGAUGAGCUGGAAGAACUGUCCACUGGAAACCGACAACGCCUCGGACCAUGCCGGGUUGUCGUACGAGGAGCAAGCGAAUGCACUGCCGAUCAUGAUGAACGGAACGCACGAGAGGAAGAAGCCGAAAUACACGGACCAGAAGAGCUUGUGCGGCGAGACGUCCGGACGCAGGUAGUGCGAGACGUCGGAUACGAGGGCCGAGUAGGAGAUGAUGAAGCCGGCGAUGAUGGCGGCGAAACCGAGGAUGGAGGAGGCGGAUGCGGUGGGUUGGUUCGAUGCGACGUGCAGAGCUUGCGGUCCAACACCCGCUUUACCGAUGAGUAUGCAGAAGCAGAUGAGCGUGGGAAGCCAGAAGAAUCGUUCGAAGUAGUGCAGCACUCGGAUGCCGCUGAACGACACGACCAACGCGAUCAUCGCCGCAACCACAAUCCCUACAUCCGGUGUCAACGUCGACGAUCCAUCGGCUCUCGACGAAACCGCGGAAAGCGUCUGCCCCCCUACGAUCGAGUUGAGGAUACAGUAGCCCAACAUCGUCGCCAAAUUGAGCAAGCUGAUGAGACUCGCACCAAAGUACCCGAACGAGUAGCGGCAGUGAAUCAUCUGCCUCAUCCCCAGCUUCGGCCCGAACAGCGUAAAGUACGCCGGGAAGAUGCAGCAGAACCCACCGACGAACAGCGUCGUCAGCAUGGCGGAUUUCAUAUCCAUCUCGAGCAGCGACACGAGCGUCCCCGCCGAGAAGGAGAGCACAUUGACGUUGCACGAGAACCAGAUGAGCGAGACGCUCCACCAGUCGCGACCGGUUCGUUCGGAGAGCGCGAGCGGUCGGAUGGAUACGGAUUCGAUGCGCAACACGGAGAGCUUGGAAGCGAGCACAUCGAGUUGGCGCGUGAGGGCGUUGGAUUGGAUGGUUCGUUUGUAGUCCGAGAUGAUCGAGUCGUCGACGGUGGAGCUGGCGGAUGA